AUGUCAACUCAUCAACUUGAUAUCUUAAACAAGGUUCUCCAACUUCUAGAAGGAGAAGAAAAAGUUGUUCUUGGUUCUCAAAAAGAUUUAUUUUUAAUCUUGGGUGUUACCGGUUCGGGUGAUGAAAGCAUUCAAUAUGGAAUAGUAUCGAAGACCAUUUUUCCUGAAUUGAUUGUUGAAGACAAUGAUGUUUUUUGUGAUUGUCUGGGAUUUGAAGACACAAGAGGUGUUGAUAAGAAUAUCUUGAGUACAUAUUUUAUCAAAAAGGUCUUGGAUCAUGCAGAAAAGUUGAAAAUUAUUUUAACUGUGGACGGAACAUCAUUCUUUGAUAGAAUCACCUUUACAAGGUUGCUUAAACAUAUAAGUUCUUUAAUUAGAAAUGUUGGUAAAUUUUUAAAUGGAAUGAUCUUGGUGCUUACAAAGGUGGAUACUAGAAGCCAAACCGAUAAAUCUUUUAAAAGGGAUGUUGCAAACUUUUUAAUCGAAGUGAAGAAAAAUGCUUCAACCGAACUUGAAGGACCUGAUAUUUCUUUUGAUGAAAAGAAAUUAUAUGAAGAUACAAAAAUAUUAAUUGACACUCUUUUAAUUCAAAAUAAUGAAAACUAUAUUAAGCUUGGUCUUUUUAAAAAACCCAAACAAGAAGGAAAUUUAUUUGGAAUUAACACCUUUAAAAAAGACAGAAAAGACUUAUUAUUUACACUUAAAGAAAACGUUUCUUUUAUUAUUAAAAAUGAAACAGAUUUUGAUUUUACUAUAUCCGAAGAAUCAAAGAAUAAGAUCACCGAUUUAAAUAAAAUAAUGAAUGAAUGUAUCGAAAAACACGUAUUGAGAUUAGGAAACGAUCUUGAACAUUAUUUUGAAAAUUACAUUCGAUGGUCUAAUAAUAUUUACAAACUAAAAGAUGAAUUAGAAAGAAUUGAUAUAAUAGGUUUUAAAGAAAACCUUAGACUUUUAAAAACCCCUAAAAAAUUUGUACAAGCCAUUAUAAAAAAUAAAAUUGUAAAAUAUGGAUCUUACAUAGAUUUUUUACGACCCAUUCAAAACAAUGAAAGCAAAGAAUUGAAGAUUCAUGUUGACAAAGAUAAUUUUACUAAAUUCUUGGAAAAAGUAAAACCGCCUUUUCUACCGUCGAAAUAUGAAUAUAUUACACAAAUACAAGUUAAUGAUUUAAGAAUUAAUGAAUUGAAUCAGCUCUUAAAGAUCACCUUAACACCUUAUUUUGAAAUAAAAAAUGAAGAUAAAAAUUUGAUUAUAAAAGGAGAUUAUAUCGUUUUAAGUAAAAUCGAUGAUAAAUAUUUUACAAACAUCAAAUCCAUUAAAGUUUUUUGUUUAAACACAUUAUUUAUAGACACAAAUUUAUAUGGAAAAAAAUUUCAAGGAGUUACAAUUACUUGUAUUUCACUAUGUUGGAAUAUAAUAGAUAAACGUUUAAUAGAGUUGAAUAGGGCUAUGGGUUUACCACAUUCCCCAUCUAAAGCUGAAAACAGAAGAAAUGGUAGAACUAAUGUUCAAUUAUUACACGGUAAAGAUGGAAGACCAGGUUUGCCUGGUGAAACAGCUGGAUGUUUUUUUGGAAUUGGCCGAGAAUUUAUAAAUAGAAAUGAACUAAUUAUUAAUGCUGAUGGUGGAAAAGGAGGUCCUGGACAACAUGGUAGUGAUGGAGGAAGAGGUCAAGAUGAAGAGAAUUUUAAGGUUUAUAAAUUUUCUAAUCGAAGAAUACAAAAAAAAAUAUUAGAUGCAUUUUAUUAUUCUUCACCGUAUCCUGAUUUUGAUUAUAAAUUUAUAUCUGAAAGUAAUAAUACAAGGGAUAAAUACCCUGGAGAAAUGCCUGGAGAUAUACCAAAUGUAAAUCCAACAAAAUAUAAAGAAAUAAUAUUUAAUGUUUUUGGUAAAUCUGAAAUUCAAGGUGGUAAUGGUGGUAAUGGUGGUAAAGGCGGAAAAGGAAGUUACAGUAAAAUUAUUAAAAUAAUUAAUACAUCAAAUAUAAAAGAAUCAACAGACCGUACUUCAAACAAACAUAAAAAAGGUGAAAAUGGAAUUGGAGGAAAAGGUGGAGAAGGUGAAAAAAUUGAAUGGAAUAAAGAAGAAGACAUUAUCAAUAAUGAAAAAGCUGAAUCAGGUAAAGACGGUGAAAAGGACAUUAAUGAAAAAGAUAUACAACUGCCUAAAGAAUGUUUAAAACAAUAUAAUUUCGCAAUCGAUAUUAAUAAUUAUAAAAAAUAUCUAAGAUUGGAAUUAGGUAAUCGCAUAAAACAAGAGUUUCUUGCUUCGUUUUAUCUAGAAUUGGAUAACCAUCCUGUGGUUAGAGGUGUUUAUGACACCUUAAGAUUUUUUGAUGAAUUUCAGGAAUUAGAAAAUCAAUUUUAUUAUCUAACAGACGAAUUGACAGUUGAUACUUUACCUUUUUACGAAUCAUUUCUUACACGAAUCAAUGAAUAUGUAAUUCCAAAUAUUAAAGGACAAUACCAAAACUCUUCUGCACAAAAUGAAUUAACAUCUACUGAACAAAAAUCUUACAAGAAAGCUCUCAAUUAUCUUUACACCACAAUAUUAAGUAAAAUUUGGAGUUUGAAAAUAACAUCAUCUUAUCUAGUCAUAGAUAUAUAUAAAUAUUUUAAAUUGGUUACAAAAAAUAUCAAUUUAUUGAAAGAGAAAGAAGAACAAGUUGUACUUGAUCAAUAUAAAAAUGAUUACAAAAAAAAUAUCGAUGGCAAAAUUGAAGAAGCGAAGACCUUUAUUAAGGAAUGUAUCAUUCUUGAGAUAGAAAAUGUUAGCAAUGAACUGGAUAAAAAAAUAGAAGAUUUAGUAACUGAAACGAUAAAAUUACAAAAAAAGGUUGACAAUAAAAGCCAGAAAUUGGCAAAACAACAAGAAAAAUUAAAUAAAUCUUUAGUGUUAAGAAAGAUAUUUGGUGUAUUAAAAAUUGGAAGUCAAGUGGCAAGUUUUAUUGGACCCAUAGGAACUGCAGCUGGUGCAGUGAUUGGAGGAGUUGUCAUGGUUGCCGAGACAAUUAUACUAGAUGAUACUAUUCAUGAAGAGAUAUCUAAAGAGCUUGAAAAUCAUCCUGAAAAAUUAUCAGAUUUAAAUAAUAGAAUAAAAGGAAUACGUAGUAAUUUGGAAAUUGAGACAAAUCGUGGUGAAGAAUCAGAUCAAGAAACCAUAAAUAAAAUACAAAAAGAAUUAAAAGAAACCUUGGGAAAAAAAGAGAAAUCAUUAAAAAAAGAAGGUUCUGAUGUUGAUCAAAACACGAAAGAUGCAUUGAAAGUAGUAAAUCAUUUUAAUAAUGCAUUGAGAAUUUCCGAACUAAGCGUUGACUCUUAUAAUAAAUAUAAAAUGGACGAACAUAAAUUAGAAAUAAUAGGCAAAACUUUACAAGAAAACAAUAUCGAGUUUCAACGUUUAAAAGAUUACGAAAAUACAAUAUAUCAAAAUAUCAUUCCUAUCACUA